CCGUAUAACUUCUUCGUUGGUAUCUUCGUUGACAUCAACAAUUGUGAUAGUUUCUUCUACUUCUCCAAGAACCAAAUUCAAAUGGCCGUCAAAUGCCUGUUUCGUGAAAAAAAGUCGAUUAGUCUUUCGUUAGCUCUGUUUACAUAGGCUGGGUAAUCGAUCAACUUACGUGCAAUCUGCCACGCAGUUCUCGAUCACCGCGUAAUUUGACAUAAAUUCUCUCGUCCAAAGAAAGUCGAACAAGAUCAAUAGGUUCCUCAACGGCUCCGGUGUCAGGUAUAGUUGGAUUGAUAUCGGCCAUGUGGAAUUAGAUUGUUAAUGGAAGAAUUACUGGCCGGGAAAAAAUUCAAGUUGAAAGGGAAUUCCAAUGCGGAGUUGACAGGGUGACGAAAGCAAAGGUCAUUUCAGUGCUCGCUCAGCAAUUCCAUCCUUUGGUUUCUAUUGAAUUUUACAUCAUAAGCAUGGAUGCCUUGGAUUCCCUUACACCGCAACAAAAGGAUGUAUUAGAACAGUUUCAGUCUGUUACUCAGAUUGACGAUAUAGGUGAAGCUUUGGUCAAGUUGACUCGUUAUGACUGGAAUCUAGAGAUGGCGGUUCAAAGCGUUUUCGAUGGAGCAGCGGCUGUUGAGUCUGCUUCAGCUACCCGCGAAAAGCUUGCGGAAGAGGUGGCUGCCUCUACAUCAUCUGAGACAACCCCUUUGACUUCAAGCACCCGACCAACUAUACCGCAACGAACGCACGCAAGGCAAACUCGAAAAUGGGGAAUUUUCUCGUUUCUGGCUUGGCCGUUCGGAUUUGCUUGGAAUAUUACAUGGGCCAUGUUAUCCUUCGCAUCACGCUACUUCACACGUCAGUCAAUAACAGGUGGAAACAGAAGUGUCCCAUUAUCCCAGCAGCGACAAGAUCCACAAGCAAUCGCUGCUCGCUUUUUACGGGAAUUCGAAGACCAAUAUGGUGCAACCCAUGUUGACUUUUUCGCUGGCGGUUAUUCACAAGCUCUCGAGACAGCCAAGCGACAGCUCAGUUUUUUAAUGGUUGUCCUUCAGAGCGAUGAACAUGAUGACACACCAACUUUUUGUCGCGACACUCUCACUUCCGAGGAGUUGAUAAAUUUUGUACGAGAGAAUAAUAUCCUUACUUGGGGCGGUAAUGUGCGAGAAACAGAAGGUUACCAAGUCAGCACAACUCUUCAAGCAACCACAUACCCAUUCAUCGCCGUCAUUACUUUACAAUAUCCUGGCGGUGCUGUCAAUGCCACUCCAAAAAUGACAGUAGUUGACAGGAUCGAAGGGGUUAAUGAUGCCGCCUCUGUCGUUCGCCGCCUACAGAGCGCAAAAGAUCGUUAUGGCCCUGGCCUGGAUCGCAUGCGAAGAGAAAAGGAAGAACGCGAGAUGGAGAGAUCCCUUAGAGAUGAACAAGAUCGAGCAUAUCGGGAGAGUCUGAAAGCAGACCAGGAGAAGGAACGUAAAGCUCAACAGGCUCGCGAAGAAGCCGCUCGUGCGGAAGAGGAUGCCCAGCGAGCUCAGCUGGAAAAGGAAGAGUUAGAAAAGAAAAAGCAACAGUACCAAUAUUACCUUUGCAAUCAAUUCACUGAAGAACCUGACGCAAACCACCCUGGAGGUGUUACAAGACUCAGCUUCAGGCUUCCUGAUGGUUCUCGCGUGAUUAGAAGAUUCAAAGCUGACGAUACCUUAGAGACCUUGUACCAAUAUGUUGAAGCAUACCCGAUCAUUCAAGACCCUGAAAUCGACACAACAGAGUGCACAAAGCCACCGUCAAACUAUAGUCACAAAUUUGAGUUCACUGUUAUGACACCCUAUCCACGAACUGUCUUUCAGCCCACCGAUAGCGUUAUCAAGGAUCAAUCUAUGCUGUGGCCAAGUGCGACACUUGUGGUUGAUUUAUUGGAGGAGGAAGAGGACGAUGACCAAGAUGCAUAGAUUGACAUACUUGCUCCAAAUAGGUGUUUGCGCUGAAUGUCUUCCGCAAUAAAAUUAUGCAACAGGUCAAAUCAUGAAUGACAAAGUUGCACUUUGAUACCUUGA